AUGUCUUACAGGGGACCCGUUACAUCUCUCAAUGGUAUGAAUACCAUUCCACAACAUCAAGCACAACCUGCCAUAAGAUCACCACCAAAGGGAGGCCCUUCUAUGGUUACGAGAUUACAAAAUUCAAUGGACAGUUUAAACGAAUUUGCGGAGGAAUUCACUCAAAAAUCUGUGGUUAAGAAGUUACAGCCAUAUAUUCCAUCGAUUGCAAGAUUUUUCAUUGUUGCUACAUUCUAUGAAGAUUCCUGGAGAAUAGUGAGCCAAUGGAAGGACCAAAUGUUCUAUUUAUGUGAUUGGAAGAGGUAUCCGUACUUCUUCGUGGCCUUUUUCCUGAUAUCCUGUACUUUAACAAUGACAGCUGGUGCCACAUUAUUGAUAGCCAGGAAACAAACAAACUAUGCUACAGCAGGUCUCUGUGCUAGUAUUAUGUUGCAAGGAUUAGUGUACGGUUUAUUCAAGGAUCUCCAAUAUGUGCUCAGAUUUUUCAGUGUCAUUGGUGGGCUAUUAAUUGCUUUCAGUGAUUCCAUUGUUAAAAACAAAACCACGUUUGGCAUGCUACCAGAAUUGCAAGAUAAAGACCAAAAAUUCAAGGGCUACCUUUUAUUUGCUGGCAGAAUACUGAUUGUUCUCAUGUUCAUUACGUUCACUUUUACCAAGUCCUGGAUCACAGUGAUUUUUACCCUGAUCCUCACUGCUUGUUUUGCAGCUGGUUACAAGACUAAACUAGCCUCCAUAAUGCUCGGCCUCAUCCUAGCAUUCUACGACAUCACUUUGAACAACUACUGGUUCUAUGACAACUCCAAGAGAGACUAUCUCAAAUACGAGUUCUUCCAAAAUCUAAGCAUCAUCGGUGCCUUACUCCUGGUCACAAACACCGGUGCUGGCGACCUCUCCAUCGACAGCAAGAAGAAGAUAUAUUGA